AUGUCAACUGUCAGUUUAGGUCACGUGAUCACGAUCGACAUUGGAGAAGUUUGUGGCCACGAGGUUUUAAUAAUCCUUAUAAAUUGUAUAUUUUGUUUUAUCGGGCUUAUAACGUUCGCCGUUCAAGUGAAAAAUCAGAAAUGCCCUCCAGUAACCCGCUACCACCGAAAGAAAAUGCCUUAUUUAAAAGAAUAUUGAGGUGUUACGAGCAGAAACAGUACAAAAAUGGGUUGAAAUUUGCCAAACAAAUUCUAUCAAAUCCAAAAUAUACAGAACAUGGAGAGACCCUUGCUAUGAAAGGUUUGACCCUUAACUGUUUGGGACGAAAAGAGGAGGCCUACGAGUAUGUCAGAAGGGGCUUACGAAAUGAUCUUAAAUCACAUGUAUGCUGGCAUGUUUAUGGUUUACUUCAAAGAUCAGAUAAAAAAUAUGAUGAAGCUAUUAAAUGCUAUAGGAAUGCCCUCAAAUGGGAAAAAGAUAACAUUCAAAUUCUUAGAGAUUUGUCUUUGUUACAAAUUCAAAUGCGUGAUUUGGAAGGAUACAGAGAUACACGGUAUCAAUUGCUUAUGUUACGACCUACACAAAGGGCUUCCUGGAUUGGAUAUGCUAUGUCUUUUCAUCUACUAGAAGAAUAUAAAAAUGCAUUGAUAAUAUUAGAAACGUUUCUUGAACAACAGAAAGGAAAUAACUUUGACUAUGAACAUAGUGAACUUUUACUGUAUCAAAAUCUAGUUAUUCAAGAAUCUGGCGAUUUAAAGGAUGCUUUAAGACAUCUUGAAGAAUCGCAAGAUCAAAUUGUUGAUAAACUAACGUUAAAAGAAAAUCUUGGCGAACUUAACCUCAAAUUGAAGCAAUUUGAUAAAGCCGCAGAAUAUUAUGAAGAAUUGAUGCAAAGGAACCCUGAAAAUACUACAUAUUAUAAUAAAUUGAUAGAAGCAAGGCGGCUGUCGACUCCUAAAGAAAUUGUAGAUUUUUAUAUUAAAUUUUCGGAAAAAUUUCCUCGAGCUAUGCCUCCAAGAAGACUGCCUUUAAAUUAUGCCACCGGUGAACAGUUCAAGACAUUAGUAGAUAAAUAUAUGAGAAAAGCAUUGUCGAAGGGCGUGCCGCCUCUUUUUGUCGACUUGAGAAGCCUCUAUGUGGACAAAAAUAAAGUGGAAAUUAUUGAAAGUUUGUUACAUCAAUAUGUAGAUGCAUUAAAAAAAGUAGGAAAAUAUAGUGAAUUAGAAGUUAAAAAUGGCCCUAAAGAGCCAGCGAGCGCUCUUCUAUGGGUUUACUAUUACUUAGCGCAACAUUAUGACUUUCUUACACAGACUGAAAAAGCAUUAAGUUAUAUUGAUGCCGCUAUAGAGCAUACCCCUACUUUGAUUGAACUUUUUGUUAUCAAGGGUAGAAUAUACAAGCAUGCUAGUAAUCCCCAGGAAGCCUACAAAUGGUUAGAUGAGGCGCAAGCUCUAGAUACGGCUGAUCGUUAUAUAAAUUCAAAAUGCGCGAAAUAUAUGUUACGUGCGAAUUAUGUGAAAGAAGCGGAAGACACUUGCGGAAAAUUUACACGUGAAGGAGUUUCUGCAAUGGAAAAUUUAAACGAAAUGCAGUGUAUGUGGUUCCAGACUGAAUGUGCGCUGGCGUACCAGAGACUGGAAAAGUAUGGGGAAGCACUAAAAAAAUGUCACGAAGUUGAUAGGCAUUUUUCCGAAAUAAUAGAAGACCAGUUUGACUUUCAUACGUAUUGUGUGAGAAAAAUGACGCUACGAUCGUAUGUAGGCCUUUUAAGACUAGAAGAUGUUCUUCGGGGUCAUCCAUUUUAUUUUAAAGCUGCCAAAUGUGCCAUCGAGGUAUAUCUUCAUCUAUUUGACGAGCCCUUAAAGGAUGAGAGCGCCGAACAGGAAAUGAAUACAGAGAAUCUCGCACCUUCGGAAUUAAAAAAAUUAAGGAAUAAACAAAGGAAAGCGAAGAAAAAGGCAGAACAAGAAAGCGCCCAGGCUCGAGAAGCUCAAGUUAAGAGAGAUCAGCAUCACAAAUCCCGACAGCAAGCAGAUUGUGAACCUGACGCUCCACAACUUGACGAACUAAUUCCGGAUAAACUCGCCAGAGUCGAUGAUCCUUUAGAACAAGCUAUAAAAUUUCUACAACCUCUACAAACUUUAGCCAAAGACAGGAUAGAAACGCAUUUAAUGGCAUUUGAAGUAUAUUAUAGAAAAAAAAAAGCUCUUCUGAUGUUACAAUCACUAAAACGCGCCUACAAAGUCGAUUCGACAAAUCCAAAAUUACACAGCUGUUUAAUACGUUUUCACCAAUUUGUACAAAAAAACAAAGGCUCGUGGGACUUCAACGUAGAACAAGUGAUAAGGCAAGAGACCAAAGUUUAUUUUGAAGGCAAGGAUGCCAUUAGUUUAAAUAAGGAAUUUUUGGAAAAAAACUCGAAUAGUCUAAAAGCUGUGCUAGAAGGCGCAAAAGUGAUGUACCGCUUAGAUAGUAAGAAGCAAAGUGAAGCCAUAAGUUUGGUUACUAGUCUGGACAAUAAAUAUCAUGAUGUAAAUAUUGAAGUAUGUACAGAUAUAUUGAAAUCGCUUAGAAAUGGCGACUUGGGUAACUGCGAUGCUCAAUUAGAAGAAUUUAUAAAGAAAUGCUACGCUUUGUUUCCGUAUACGGCUGCGUUUCAACCGCCAUCGGAAGUGGAGCCUCCUAGUAGCGAAUCGGUAAAUCACGUUCAAGAACAAGAUAGCAAUUGAUUACGUCACGCCGUGCCGAAAAUAAAAUUCUGUAGUGUUACAGAAAAAAAUAAGUGAACAAUGGUGUUUUUUUUAUGGAAUCAAUUUUAAUUCUAUUGAAUGAGGACUUGAUCAUAGUUCAUCUACAAAUUAUUUAUACUACAUUACUUUUUAAUUUGUACAUUUAUUGUAAAUUAUUAUACUUAACCGAUCAUCUCUAAAUAAUAAUAAAUGGGACUCGAAAAUCUUUUUAAAAUAAAUCGUUUAGAUAAAUAUGUUUUUUCGUAAAAGUUAAGAUCGGAUUUUGAAAAUAAUUUACCUAACAAAGAUAACAUGUGAUUUUUGUUUGCUUAAAUUUGCAUGUUAUAUGAAAAAAAUUUUUGUAGCGACUUUUAAAAAAUUACAGCAUUCGUUUUUACAUUGUUGCCAUUACAAAAUAUUUUAUUACAAAAUAAACACUUGUCAAUUUUACAUUUUAAUAAUAUUUUUUUAAUUAUCAACAAUAAAAGAUAAAUAUUUCUUGUUAGAACUGAAAUCACAAUCAUGAGUAGAAGAAUUAAAUUUAAUCAAUAUCAAGUAUUGUUAUCAAGGUAGCAUUUUGUUUUGUAUGAAAACUGUUAGGUAUAGCUUUUGCUAUUUUUUUUUAAAUAAAAUAUACUUGAACUGCUACCCUCAAAACUGGUAAAUCUCCACAGAAAUAUACUUUUUCGUUUUCUUAUCAUUUUAUGAGCGUUUCAAAAAACUUAUCUAAGAAAAAUAAUCUAUUAUUUAUUAUUAUGUAGAUUUCAUUACGUCUCUGCCUUCAGAUAUUCAUACCACUUUUGUUACUUUGUUAAACAAAUAAAAUAAAUGUGUAUUAAAUAAA